GACCCGCCCACACUGUGUACAUCAGCAUCAAGCUAAGGUCACUCUCAUUCUGGAAUUUACCCAGCUCUGCACCACGCCACACCACCUAAGCAGAGAGUUGUUGCAAAUCCACAGCCAGAAUGUCUCUGUCAAACAAACUCACGCUGGACAAGGUGGAUGUGAAAGGAAAGCGCGUUAUCAUGAGCACUGGCUCACUGUUGAAAAAGACAUGUUGGCCGUGUGAUACAGAAUUUGUAACUAAUAUUAUAUAUGCUCUCAUCAGAAUCAAGGCCGCAGUCCCAUCAGUUCAGUAUUGUUUAGAUAAUGGGGCCAAAGCUGUAGUCCUGAUGAGCCACUUGGGCCGGCCUGAUGGAGUCCCCAUGCCAGACAAGUACUCUCUGAAGCCUGUGGCUGCAGAACUCAAGAACCUGCUGGGAAAAGAUGUUCAGUUCCUGAAGGACUGUGUGGGUUCAGAUGUGGAGAAAGCCUGUGCUGACCCACCUGCAGGUUCUGUCAUUCUGCUGGAGAACCUGAGGUUCCAUGUGGCCGAGGAGGGCAAAGGCAAAGACGCAUCGGGGAACAAGGUCAGUGCGCCAUGCAACAGUGGCUCUGCAGAAAGUGCUUAGUCGUCUUACAGAAGUCUUAAAAUCAAAUGGAAGACUUUUAAGACCUGCACAAAUAAAAUCAAUGUGGUCCGUCCAUACAGAACAGAUUCCACAUAAUCUCUAAAUAAACCAUGUAUCUUUUAUUUAUCAUAUAUCUAUCAUAGUAGCCCAAAGAGAAGCCACAAGAGUUUACAUUGAAUUAAAUGUCAUAUAACAUGUUGAAAACCACAACU